AUGACCAACCCCGACGCCGUCAGAGACAAAUUCUACGAGGAACUGCACGCCCUCUUGGUGACUGUGUCGAAGGCGGACAAGUUGAUUGUCCUUGGUGACUUCAACGCCCGCGUCGACACAGACCAUACUGCCUGGAGAGGAGUAAUGGGUCCCCACGGUCUCCGCGGCUCAAACGACAAUGGUCUGCUGAUGCUCCGCACCUGCGCAGAACACCGCCUCAUCCUGACGAACACGUUGAGCUGUCUGCCGGAGCGAGAGAAGGCCACCUGGAGGCAUCCUCGGUCGCGUCAGUGGCACCUGCUGAACUAUGUUCUCGUCCGAAGGCGUGGCCAGCGGGACGUGCUGGUGACGAAGGCGAUCGCGUGUGCUGACGGGUGGACCGACCAUCGCCUCGUCAUCUCGAAGAUGCGUAUUCGCCUACAGCCUCGCAGGAGACCUCAAGGUAAGCGACCCCCAGGUAAGCUGAAUGUUGCCUUGUUGUCUUUGCCCGCUCACCAUCUCCAUUUCAGCAAUGAGCUAGCUCAACGGCUAGACAACCUCCCCGUCGCCGAUGCCGUCGCUGCCGAAAAUGCCUCCGUGGAGAACCGCUGGUUUAAACUGCGAGACACGGUCUAG